AUGAAUACAUAUCCCUUCGUUCAUGUUAAUUUCAUCCAUGUCAUCCUCAACCUUGCCGCCUUGACACCGUUACUGGAGCGAUUCGAGGCCGAGUUCGGUACCCUGACGUCUAUUGCGCUGUUCAUCGGCCCGCUCUCAACGAUUCCGGCUGUCGUAUACGUGCUGAUCGAGCGAUUUCUCUUCAAGGGCAAUGUUAGUGUUAUGGGCGCUAGCGUAUGGGUCUUUCUUCUUCUCGGAAUGGAGGCUAUCCGCACAUACAAGACGAACCCUUACUUGACGAUUGCGACCCACUCCAUUCCUACAUGGACAACGCCAUUGAUCCUCGUUCUGGUCGUUACAGCGCUCGUUCCCGGCACGAGUUUGCUAGGCCAUCUAUGUGGUGUUUUGGUUGGAUAUCUUUUUGGUCUCGGAUAUCUUAAGUUCCUGAGCCCACCGGAGAAGGCAUUGCGGUGGGUUGAGUCGAAGCUGAACCUCUUGGGACGUCUGCCUCACUACGUAAGCGUCGACCAGAAGACGUACGGUCGUUUCGGUGUCUUGCCCUCCAGCAGCCACCCUCCCGGUACAAGUGCGCCCAUUGCUCUGGUGGGCAGCACGCAGAGACUCGCUUCGGCCCUUUCGUUGCGACGCGAUCCACGCAUCCUCAAGCUUCCGCCCUAUAUUUCUCUGGCCUGCAUCCUCGGUGGUAUUGCUUGGCUGUUCCUCCUGCCGCUCAACGACUACUCCCGAAGAACCUACAUUUCCGAGAAUGCGCUUCUUCCCGGUCAGGUACACACCUAUUUCGGAGGCAGCGACCAGAACGUACUGCGGGCGUAUAAGCAAGAGGUCAACUCGGUCAGGGACAGGUCCAACUACGAAAUCAAUGACAAGCUCGAAGGUAUCCUGAAGAACGUCGGUCUCAAAGUCGGUCGCCAAAACUACACGUACGAGUCGGCCGGCGACAUUUACUCAGGCGAGAAUAUUUACGCCAUCCUACAAGCCCCACGUGGCGAUGCGACGGAAGCGAUUGUGUUGGUCGCAGCUUGGAGGACGGUCGAUGGCCACUUCAAUCAAAAUGGCAUUCCGCUAGCAUUGACCCUGGCCCGGUACUUCAAGAGGUGGUCUCUAUGGUCCAAAGACAUUAUCCUGGUUGUUCCCCCCGACAGCAGAACAGGAACCCAAGCGUGGGUCGACGCCUACCACGACUCCCAUGACUCCGCCAGAGUGAACUCUCUGCCUCUCAAGUCCGGCGCCCUCCAAGGCGCCAUUGCCAUUGAUUAUCCCCAGGAACAUCGAUUCGAGUCCAUCCACAUCAUUUACGACGGCAUCAACGGCCAGCUUCCAAACCUAGAUCUCAUCAACUCUGUCGUCAAUAUUGCCGGGGGCCAGAUGGGUAUGGGAACCGCCAUUCAAGAGAUGUGGACGCACUCGGACAAGUACCAGGACCGUCUGCGUACUAUGCUUCGAGGCAUGCUGAAUCAAGGCCUGGGACACGCCUCUGGCCCCCACAGCAGCUUCAUACCUUACCACGUCGAUGCGGUCACACUGCAGCCUUUCGGUGAGGGAUGGCACGACGAGAUGGGCAUGGGCCGUACGAUCGAAGGCACUUUCCGGAGUCUGAACAACCUUCUCGAACACCUCCAUCAGAGUUUCUUCUUCUAUCUGCUCAUGCAUAAAGAGAGGUUCGUCAGCAUCGGCACCUAUCUGCCUAGCGCCAUGAUCUUGGCAGCAAGCUUCACAAUCACUGCCAUUUCGCUGUGGGUGAAAAGUGGUCAUCAAGAACAGCCUCCCAUUGUGGUCAAGUCAGAAUGUGAAGUCACCGCGAAUGAUAAGUCUUCCGAAGAUGCUUUGCGGGAGACGGACAAACACACGCUUCCCACUAGAGCCGUUGAGCGGGAUCUGUUCCUACCACUCGGUGUCGUGGCCAUCUGCCAGUUCCUAGGCGUGAUUCCGCUGUACGUCUUUAACCACAUGCCCGCAAGUCUGCAACAGAUGCUUGCUGGGGCGUACACGGUCUUUUCGCUCACUAAUUGUGCUCUGCCCUUCCUCAUCUCUUCGCUGAUGACAUCCGUCUACAACCCCACGGUUCAGCAAUACCAGCUCAUCAAGUCUUUCUCCCUACUUUUGUUGGGCAUGUUUCUCUCCGCUCUAGCCACCCUUAACUUCUCUCUGGCCUUUCUUGUGGGGGUUAUGGCCGGUCCACUCUCCUUCAUGCACCCAUGGCCGCACCAUCCUGCCGUUCGGUGGGCUUGCGCGGCUUUCCUUCAACUUAUCUCACCUACGGCAGCUCUGUACUCCGUCUCGACUUACUUCAAUAUUAGCAUUGGGGAGGUCCUCAAAGAAGCGGCUUUCGGUUGGGACGUUUGGGGCAUGUACACGCCUGUCAUAAUCUGGGGCGUGUGGUGGCCUGCUUGGCUGAUGGGUUCGGUUAUUGUGCUCGGGAACCCUGCGUCCUCAGCGAAAAGGGCUUAA